AUGAGAGGCGUCAGCGUGGCUGUCCUGGAUGUUGUAUCACCUCGAGAAGAAAUUGAAGGACAGGCGAAGAUACAGCAUUACAUCUGUGAUGUGGGAGAUGUCACAGCGGUGGAGCGAGUCGCGAAACAAAUAGAAAAAGACCUUGGUCCACCAACUAUCCUCAUCAACAAUGCUGGUAUCGUGAACGGUAAGACUAUGUGGGAUCUCACCACGAAAGACAUCCAACGAAACUUCCACGUCAAUCUCAUCUCGCACUUCAACACCAUCCGGACCUUUCUCCCGAGCUUGCUGGCCUCCGAGACAGGAGGGACAAUCGUCACGGUCGCUUCAGUACUUGGAAAGCUAGGCGCCGGUAAUCUCACUGACUACAGCGCCUCGAAAGCUGGACUCAUCGCCAUGCAUACCUCAUUACGCGCGGAACUUUCAUCUGCAUCUGCUCCAGAGGGUGCCGAGAACAUUCGCAUGGUCCUUGUGACUCCCGGUCAGCUGUCUACGCAGCUAUUUGCAGCUCUUGACACGCCUACGAACUUUUUCGGCCCUGUGGUCGAGACGGUGGAGUUGGCGAGGGAGAUUGUGAGAAUGGUGGACGCCGGCGAGAGCGGUGAGAUCAGUAUGCCUCUCUACACGCGCUGGGUAGAGUGGAAUUCGAUUCUUCCAGCCAGCGUUCAGAAGCUCUUGCGGAUGAUCAGCGGCAUAGAUCAAGCAAUGGGCAAAGCAGUGAGUAAAAAGGUGUAG